AUGUCUUUAUUGCAGCUCUUCUUUCUUCAAAGAGCUUUCUUCCGGAUUCAUGCUGGGAAACAAAUAUAUUUAAAUCUAUCUAUCUAUCUAUCUAUCUAUCUAUCUAUGCUUAUUUAUCUAUCUAUCUAUCUAUCUAUCUAUCUAUCUAUCUAUCUAUCUAUCUAUCUGUCUGUCUGUCUCUAUAUGUAUAUUGAUCUAUCUCUCUCUCUUAAUUGCUGCCUCUCUAUCUCUAUCUCUCUCUAUCAUUCUAUUUAUCUUUAUCUUUAUACACACACACAAACACAUAUAUAUGUAUGUAUGUAUCUCUGUCUGCCUAUCUAUCUAUCUAUCUAUCUAUCUAUCUAUCUAUCUAUCUAUCUAUCUAUCUAUCUGUCUAUCCCUUUAUAUCUAUCUGUCUAUCUAUCUAUUCAUCUCUGUCUCUCUAUCUCUUUCUUUAUCUCUCUCUCUCUCUCUCUCUUUCUUUAUCUCUCUCUCUCUCUAUCUAUCACACACACAAACAAACAUACAAAUGAAAUUAUGAUCUGGGAGAUACAAACUAUCGAUCUAUCUAUCUAUCUAUCUAUCUAUCUAUCUAUCUAUCUAUCUAUCUAUCUUUCUUUCUCUCUCUCUCUCUCUCUCUCUCUAUAUAUAUAUAUAUAUAUAUAUAUAUUGCAUAAACGUUACUUUUAA